AUGAAAACGGUUGGGGGACAAAAACAACUAACAGAAAUCGAAGAAGAAAAUCUUGUAAAUGUUCUGGUAGCUGUCAGUGACUAUGGUUCUCCAAUGACCAAGUUAGACCUGAAAAUGCUUGUUUUUAAUUAUUUAGAAAAAAAUUCAGGCAGUCAUAUUUUUAAUGGAAAAAUGCCCGGAAACACUUGGGUAGAAAAAUUUUUAAAUAGACAUUCAUCAAAAUUAUCAGUUCGAACUACACAAAAUAUAAAAAAGAUCCGGGCCGAGAAAGAUCUGCUAGAAAUGCAAAAUUUCUUCGAUAAUUUACAAGCGACGCUGAAGGAUAUUCCACCUAGUAACAUCCUUAACUAUGAUGAGACUAAUUUGUCUGAUAACCUGAGUAAUUUAAAAUGCAUUUUUAGAAGGGGCAUAAAAUAUCCCGAAAGAAUUUUAAACAGUUCUAAGAGUUGUGUUUCGAUUAUGUUUACGGUGUCUGCAGCUGGUGACUGUCUUCCAACAUAUGUAGUAUAUAAAGCUACAAAUAUAUAUUCCGAAUGGGUUGACGGAGGUCCUGGGGGAACUCGUUAUAAUUGCACGAAAUCGGGUUGGUUUGACUCUGCCUGUUUUGAGGAUUAUUUUAGAACAAUUAUACUAAAGUGGGCAAAGAAUCUAUCAGGACCAAAAGUCAUAAUAGGUGAUAAUUUGUCUAGUCACCUAAAUAUCGAAGUUGUGGAGCUAUGCCAAAAAUAUGAUAUUAGGUUUGUGUUUCUUCCACCUAACUCCACACAUCUGACCCAACCUCUAGAUGUAGCGUUUUUUGCCCCUUUAAAAAGAGAAUGGUGGAAGGUACUCACAAAUUACAAAAUUCAAAAUCCGGAACAGUCAACUAUUAAUAAAAAGCACUUUCCUAAACUCUUGAACGAAUUAUUAAAAAAUAUUAAUCUCAGAGAAAGUAAUAAUAUUAAAAGUGGAUUUAGAGCCGCGGGAAUAUGGCCAGUUAAUGCCCGAAAUGUUUUGAAACGAAUACCUGAGUAUUUUGACGAAGAAGUGUACAGAAUAGAUUCCGCUUUAUUAGAUUACCUACAAAAAAGAAAGGUGUUCUAA